UAGAGGGCGUUUGUCUAAAGAACAGCAGCUCAAAGUGAAGCAAAAUAGAAGACCAAUCUGGCAUCCGUCCACGUGCGACGCCACCGAGUACAAUGAGGCCAUGUUCUGGUCAUGUUAUCGUCGAUCGGGACGUCGACCACCGACGACUUUAGUGAACGAGCGAAAAUGCACUCGCUGGUGACGCGGUAGUAGUGUCUAGUACACAACAUAAACAUACACACACACACACACACACACACACACACACGCCCCACAUUCACACAUACACAAAAGCACACACAAUUGCGUCUCAUCUCAAGGAGGAACUCAGGAUAGUCGAUUAGAAAAGGGAGAAGCGUUGUGUUCCCGUUUAAAAAUCACCGAGAACGGUUUACUGCAAUCAACGGGUCGACAAAACCGCGACCCGCCCGACAAGUGUAGCGAGGAUAACCUGUUGGCCAUUUAAUUUUACACGCCCCCCGCACCGUUGACCGCCGAUAGCCAAAAUGACCGUCGACUUCAACGAUUAUUUUUGGGGCGAGAAAAACAAUGGCUACGAGGUGCUGUACCAGAACAUGAAGUAUGGCCUGUCGGCGACGAAGGAGCUGGCGGAGUACUUCCGCGAGCGCUCGAACCUGGAGGAGUACAACUCGAAGCUGCUGACCAAGCUGGCCAACAAGGCGGGAUCGAGCGGGGGCGGCACGUUUUCGCCGCUCUGGAUCAUCCUCAAGUCGACCACCGAGCGGCUGUCGGAGCUGCACGCGCAGAAGGUCCAGAAGCUGACGGAGCUGGUGAAGAAUGUCACCAAGUACGCGGAGGAUCUGCACAAGAAGCACAAAUCGGUCAAGGAGGAGGAAUCGGGCACGCAGGAUUCGGUGCAGGCGAUGAAAGAGUCGACGGUGGCCGUGGCCAAGGCGAAGGAUGUCCACAAUGCGCGCCUGCUCGAGGUGGAGAAAGCGCGCAAGGAUAAUUCGACCAAGGAGAUCGAAAAGUCGGAGGCGAAGCUACGCAAGCAUCAGGACGAGUACAAGGCGCUGGUGGAGAAGCACAACAUCAUCAAGCAGGAGUUUGAGAAGAAAAUGACAAUAACCUGUAGGCGCUUUCAAGAGAUGGAAGAAGCACAUCUGAAGCAAAUGAAAGAGUUCCUUUCCUCGUACAUGGACAUUGUGCAGAACAAUUUCGAUCUGGUUGGACAGGUUCAUUCGGAUUUGAAACGUCAAUUUUUAGAACUUACUGUCGACAAGUUGCUGGAGCAGUUCGUACUCAACAAGUACACCGGGCUUGAAAAACCAGAGCUUAUUGAGCUUGAUUUCGAUGGUGGCACCGGGUCCGGCGCUGGUGGCACUAACACCCACCAGCAGGUGUUGGUGAACACCUCGUCGACGGUGCCGGGCAGUAGUAUCUCGCCGGCGCCAUCGUCCCUGGCCGGUGGCCUACUCGAAUCUCCCACCCUCUCGGCCACGAGCUCCUCGCAACCGAUCGCCAUCGGCGGUGGACCGACAAAGAAGGAAAGCCAUCUCCGGUCGUGGUUCAGUUCGAGCUCGACCGCAGCCGUCCCGACCAACUCGCCGGUCAAUCUGUCCACCUCACCCACUGCCAUCUCGGUGGGCAGUGGGCUCCGUUAUGACGGGCUCGGCGGCGGUGGUGAUCAUCAGUAUCUUCCUGGGCAAUCCCAGCAGCAGCAGCAGCAGCAGCAAUUGUCCUUGCGCGCGAUGUCCCCGGGACCGACGGGCCCCAACGAUAGCACCGUGUCCGGCGGAUCCGCACAAACAGUUUCUGGAUUUUUGCGCAGCCGACGCGAGAAGGCCAAAUCGAAAAAAGCCAAAAAGAAGAAGGAUUCCACGGAAAACUCCAGUGCCAAAGAGGAAAACAUUCUGGACGGUGAAGGCAAGGGUGACGCGGCAAACGCGGACAGCGCCACGAAUCUGCAGACUACUUCCGCCGUGAGCGCGUCCAAUGUGGCCCCGACGGCAACGCCCGAGGUGGACGAGGAUGGCUACAGUAUACAGCCGCGUGAAACCACGUGGGACAGCGGGACCAUCACGGAAAAGAGCAAUAACUUUUACUCGAGCUCGGACAGCGACAGCGAGGAUGAGCGCGAAGAGCGAAAGAUACAUGUGGAAAUUAAGCCUCUUAAUAAUGGGGCCGCACCGAUUUCGGCCAGCGUCGACGAGCUCCGGGCUACGGUGGAAAAUUUGUCUCUAUCGCCCAUCGGCAUCCUGACAUCGCAACAGCAGCAACAGCACCACCAACAACAUCAGCUGCAUCAGCAGCAACAACAGCAGCAGCAGCAGGCAGCAAGCCAGCAACUGCACCACCAAAUGUCGGUCGGCAAUGCAUCACUGUUGAACAAUGCCACCACCCACCUUACUAGUCCGAAUGCAUCGAAUGCGUCCACACCGACGACGGUGCAUCCGUACGCUCCACUGCAAAGUCCCACCCUAUCGAUGUCUACCAGCUCCAACAAUCGAUAUGCAGAUUUGGGUGACAUCUUCUCGGAAGUGGGUGACAUCAGUGUUUCGGCACCCGCCUCGGCGAAUCUGACCAAACUCACUCAACGACAGAUUCCGACGCCAACCUCAACCGGCGGCAGCAGUAUUGCAAUACCGAGGCCACCGUCCAGAAGAUCUGAAGCUGCCGUAGCUCGCGAUCGAGUAAGCCCUGCGUCACAGAUCGCUCGUGCGGACAGCGUGGGCAGUUUGGAGUUCCGCAGUCCGAGCGUCGGAAUUGGGUCCUCCCGCGGUCCGUCUCCCUUGACGAUCGGAAUGUCCGAUACGAUCCCACUGGCAGUCGCAUUCCACGAGAUUAUCCAUGCCUAUUUCAAGGGUGCCGACGAGUCGCGGUGUCAGGUGAAAAUGUCCGGCGACAUGAUGAUAUCCUUCCCGGCCGGUAUUGUGAACGUGCUGACGAACAAUCCGAACCCUGCCAAGCUGGGCUUCCGCAUUAAGAAUCUACAGAAUCUCGACAACGUGCUGCCGAAUAAGCAGCUCAUAUCGAUCGAUCGGCUACAGUCGACCAGCUUUAGUACGACGCUCGAAUUUAACAUGCCGGCACUGACGGCGAUCCUGAGGCGUCAGUCCGAACAGAACCCUAAUGCGCCGCACAUCAACGUGGACAUUUUGAAGUAUCAGAUCAAAGCAAAACCGGGUGCGUCCUCCUGCCCAUUCCAGCUCGUGUCCUAUUGGAAGUGCGAACAGCGACACACGGAUAUCAAGAUUGAUUACAAGUACAAUUGUCACGCGAUGGCGCAACCUUCGCCGCUGCUGAACGUCUCCAUCUCCGUUCCCGUCGAUGGAGGCGUUAAAAAUGUACAAUCGAAGCCACAUUCCGCUUGGCAAGGAGAAUCGAACAGAUUGGUGUGGAACUUUACGGACAUAUCGCAACAUUCGGAGAGCGGUGGUGUUGAUACGCUUCGGGCACGGCUCGAGGUGGGCUCGGGACCCUCGACCCCGGCCAUCAUCGCUACCCAGUUCAACUGUGAAGGCACGACAUUAUCUGGGAUUGAGUUCGAACUGGCUGGAACGGGGUACCGGUUGUCUUUGGUGAAACGCCGGUUUGUCUCAGGCAAGUACAUCUGCGAAGGGGACGGUAUAAGGACGGCUAAAACACCUACCCCACCGAAUGUGUCGGGCGUCAUGUCACCCGUCCCGUUUGGAAGCAGUAAAUCGGCUAACUCCUCGUCGGGUGGCAACUCUGGAUAGUAUCGAUUUUUGUACUACUAGAUAUGGCCGCCAUUUUGGUGAGAUACAGUGAACGAAUUGAAUGGAAGUUACCACGGACUAUUGUAGGGUCUCGACCGCCGACGUAGGGGCACACCGUCCACCUGCGGUUCCCUUAAAAAACGAUGGACACACUGUACGUGGGUAAGAGAAGCUGGGAAUAAUUGGUAACAUUUUAUUGUCCGGUAAAAGAGUAGACGAAAGAAAGAAGAAGGAGCACAUGUUAUGAUUCGGAACGGAAUAGACGGCUAGAAAAAUAUGGUAGGGAUGUUGAGAAGGGAUUCAAAAGCGACAAAACCGAUUGCCAUCAUCUCAUCCCACCCGAUGGUCAGUAGGAGUUAUCAUUAUUAUUACUAUUAUUAUAACUAUUAGUACCACUUUGCAUGGUUAGGUAUCUGGUGCCUUCCUUCAGUGCAAACCGUCGCAGGUUCGUCGGGUCGUGCUCGUAACACGGCUUCUAGUGGACCUUGCGGAUGUUAUUUUCAUGCAUACCCCUUUUUUCCACCGUGCCCCUUGUUUACUUAUUUACUUCUACUUUUAGUCUGCUAAUAGGUCCAAAUCACAAGGGAGAAAUGGGGCGUUUGGAGACAUUCCUACAACCCCGGACAUUUCCCGGUCAAGCGUUUAGAACAUUAUAUUAUUGUUGUUGCUUUUCAAGUGUAACGCUUUAAGUGAAUUCCAUGUUAGUUGGUCGUAUACUGGCACUCGCCGAUCAAAAAGCAUCACAGAGUGUAGCAUAGAUAUGGAAAAUAAGGUAAACCAAAGCAGGUUUAUAGACGAUUGCAAUGGUAAGAUUAGCUUAGCUUUGAACCUGCUUUUCUUGGCACACGUUUACUAAAUACUCAUCACACCUUUUUUCCCGAAUUUCGAACUCCACGCCAGUCGCGUAUUGAACUUUAAUAUUUGCUCCAACGUUCGCUACAGUAUGUUGUAUGCUUUUGGGAAAGUUUGUUGGGAGGAGUAAAGAAGCCAAGCGAAGCAGGCAAAGGCAACUGUCCAGUCGUUAGGAAAAUACGGUGAAGGUGAAUCGUUCAGAAAAUCCUUAUGUAUCCAAGUGUAGGCUAGGAAAGACAUUGUUUUUUUUCUAAAACCAUACAUUGUUUGAACUAUCGAAAUCAAACUUUUUCAAUGUAUUUGAAAACGAAGCAUUCAACACUCACACCUCCCGAAUAUCGACUAUUAAUAUAAGCGGGAAGGAAAAAUACUGAACUAGGCAAUUAUCAACACUGUUUGACUUAACGAAAAAUUGAAUGAAAAUAAAUUUCCAAACUAGGCGCAAAUGAAAGUGAAGAUUGUGAGGGAAACGUAAUAUGGACAGUUUAAAAAAAAUCAUUCCUCGUUUUCGCCUUCAUGCAGGGAAUUGUUUAUUGAAAGGGAAAAAUGAGCUUUUUUCAAAUUCAAA